GUGUUUCGACAGUACGUUUCCGGUUGAAAGAACAUAACCAAACAUUAUAACGCCGACUUUUGCACUUUCUGCACUUUUUGCACUUCGAACAAAAGCCGAAUAUCAUAUCAAUUUACUUCUAAAAAAGAGGAAAAUAAAGACAAAUAAGGCCGCAAUUGAAGAGAAUGAAAUAACAUGUUUCUAUCGCGAUUGCGACUUCCACACUUUGCUUCUUCUUCCCUUUUCCGUCUUUUAAAGUAAUUUAUAUAUCAUCACAUCUGUCACUUUAAAUACAAAAAGUGCAGGCAAGCGCAAUCAAAACAAACAGACCUCGUAGCUCCGCGGUUGACAUAUAUAGGUUUGUACGCAAUUUUGCACGAUUAUUCGCACGAUCGACUUACAGCAACACUUUCGCAAUCCACGAUUCGUUCUAAUUAUCAGACCGACAAGCGCGAUAUUCCAGUUUUGUGAAGACAUCGGCCACUUUCCUGGAUUUCUCUCUUGCAGAUAUAUAUAUAUAGCGGCCGAUGGGCUCGAGAAUUUGGGUAUGGAGAAAUACACCGGGCGUGCCGGGUCGAUGCAACGACGUCGUUUAUACACGGCCGAAGUCGCAGCCGACGAGCGAUCUUCUUGUAUUUUUUGGCGGCGACGUCCAAGACAUUCAAGAAAACAUGGAGAGACAUUCGGAUAGCAAGAAAUAUGCAAAUUGGAGCUUAGAGAACACGGCGAGUAUACUGUCCGAACAGUUUCCUAGAAGUCAUAUAUUUGUCGUUCGUCCAGCCAGAAUGACAAUAACUAGAAGCGCAGUAUUCAGUUGUUUCGAUAAUUUCGUACCAGGAGAUAAAUAUGGCACGCCAACAUUUUACCCAAUGCACAAAGCUUUAAAACAUUUAAGGGACCUCCUCCUUUGCUGCCUGGAGCACGUUAAGACGUUAAAAAUUGGAGAAGACAUUGAUAGCCAUAACGUCGAAACUACAAACUUAAGUCUGAUGGGCUUUAGUAAAGGAUGUGCGGUUUUGAAUCAGUUUCUCUACGAGUUUCAUUAUUACGACAAUAAUUCGAGUGACGAUCCUAAUAUAAAUCAUUUUAUCAAGCUCAUCAAAGAUAUGUGGUGGCUAGAUGGCGGGCACAAUGGUCCCAAAAAUACGUGGAUUACGGAUUCAGAAAUACUUCGUUCCUUCGCUAAAUUGAGAAUAAAUACUCACAUACACGUUACGCCGUAUCAAAUGCAGGACAAACACCGGCCGUGGAUUCAGAGGGAAGAAAACUGCUUCAAUGAUACCUUACAAAGGAUGGGAGUAUCUGUACAACGGACUUUACAUUUUGGUGACAAAGCGCGAAGUCUCUCGUCGCAUUUCAAUGUUCUUACGGAUAUUAGAAGUAACGUGCAGUAAAACUUCGUAUCUUCUCUAAAUUCACUGUACAAUUAAGCUGUCUGUGAAUAAAAAUGGUUCGCAAUUUCUUCACUUUAGAAUAAAAAUAUAAAGUUAUAUGAAAAUUACAAUUUUGUUGAUAUUUCUGUAUUGCGAACUAUUUCAUAAUUUAUACAAAAGGUUUAACAGAAUCUAUUUUACAAAACAUUUUCGUGACGUACGUAUUGAUUGUAUAUUUAUUAUAGUACUCUUAAUCUAGUCAUAAGUAAUAGAAAUUUGUUAAAUAAUAUAAAUUGUAUAAUAUUUACAUACAAUAUCAUUACAGUAUUAUUAUACGUUAUACAUACAAUUUUUUUAAUCAUAUUUUGCCCAUGUGAUAUGUAUAUAAUAUGAACAACCAUUAAUUAACACUAAUAAAAAACUAUAAAUAUUUAUUUUA